GUCGCUCGGCAGCCACCCUAUCCUACGCGGGGCCGUUCAGCUUCGGGCGCCGUCGUCGGAGCAGCGGCAACCGCGGUAUCGCGCGGCACCGAACCGGGGCGUUCAGUCGGCAUCGCGUUCACCCCGCGUCAACCACGUCACGAGGGUGGUUUCACGUCGCGUCAUCCGCUGGACCGCCGUAUCCGUGACCCGAGCGCUCCUCGUGGCGCGCCACAUUACGUUCGCCCGGUUUGCUCCGCCGAGUUGCCUAAACAAGCCAGAAUCGCCCGAGGACUACGCACCACUUGCUCGAUCCAGCGAUCUGAAAUCCCGCCAGAGCUCGUCUCCCGCGUUUGGGCAACCGAAAUGCUUGGCCGAGUGCGGAUCGCGAGAGGGAAAAUGUUCGGCGAUUAGGCGGAGUUGAAGAGAUGCGCGUGAAGCACCCUAUUUUCGAAUCUCCAAGGUGACGAACCGUGAAGAAAAAAUACAAACAUGCCGGUUGGUGGACGGGUCGCGGGUAAAGUUGGGAUCUAUAACGCUCACUACAAUGGAAAGGGCUACAGCGGCAUAAAUGAAGAGAUCAUCUGGAUCAGCAUAGGCAUGGGGAUCACCAUAGCCAUCCUGAUCACCAUUGCGCUCUGCUACAUCGCCCGUGAAAAGUGUCGUAAGCGGCAUGAGGGAUACUACACGUCAUGACGCAUGUUUCCGCCGCCCUCGUGGGCGUCCUGGUCAUUUAGCCCGACGACACCAGGAAUCCUUUUCAGUCCGACCACGUCAAGGGGUAAACCGCGGGCUUACUACAUCACCGUCUGAACAUCCCCUUCACGCCUUUCCAAUGGAAAAAGCCCUGGUAGCCGCGUCAAAAUAUGAAUGAGCGUGAAAGGAAAAUUCGUGCUUUUCUCUGCAUUAGUGAAAUAGCGACGGUCGCGUCGCAUCAUGAAAACGAUUUUCUCAAUCAGGAAAAUCCGGAGAUUAUGACAAAAAUCUCCGUGAUUUUAUCUUCCCCUUAAAAAAAAAAAAGAGUCAUUCGAACAAAAAAAAGAGAUUGAGAGGAUUAAGAGAGUUAAGAGGAUUCUCUAAUUGAAACUCGAGGACGGAUAGAUCGAUUAAAAAUAGAAAAAAAGCAAAAAGAGAAAAUAACGUCGCGCGCGCUUCCAUUGUUAGAACUUAAAGACCAGCGGAAUACGGUUUGUUUAUACGGGAAAAUCGAUUUCAAAUUUCUUCGCGAGCGUAAAGUUUUAUCAUCGGUACAUAGACUCUUCGCAUUUAGCGUUCGAAAUGCGGAACGUGUUCGCAACGGUAUCACGCGUUGGCAGGGCUAUUUUUCCAGAAAGAGAGAGAAGGAAGGGGAGUAACUUUCGCACCAUUACGCACACUAGAAGCAGCAAAGAUUCUCAAGAAAGGGAAGACUAAUAUUACCUCAAAGGCUUAAAGGCUACAGGAUUGGAAAAUAACGCGUUUCUUGCUCUUAGCGUUAUACAUAUAUAUAUAUUUUUUUUUUAGUAAGAACGUUAUUUUUCUAUUUUAUUAACUGUGACGGUAAGGUAGUUGAAUUUUUUCAGUAACAAAAUUAACAUUACUUUUAUCGUUAUCUUUUACGUUUUAUUUGUGAUUAGUUGGGUUGUGUAUGCACUGAGAAAACAAAAGUGUUCACUUGACUAAGUCUUUUAACAUAAUUUUUUCAGUUCAAAAUAUUUAAGUGUCUGACUUAAAUGUAUAAAAUGUUUGAAUUUCAGUUUAAGCAUUCAUGUGUUUAACUUAAAUACAUAAAUACUUAAACUGAAAAAAUUCAAUCGAGUUUCUCAGUGCGCUUAAUUUCCAGUCUCCAGCUGAUACAGCCCGUUGUUACAAAUGCAGUUUUAAGAUGUCAUAAGCGAAUCGUAUUGUCGCGUACAUUUUAAAGACAGCUUUGAAUUUGAAAUCGUUAUGUUGAAAUUUUUUAACACGACACUGAUGGUGCAAAAAGAUAUAAAUUUUGCUGUACUUGUAAAUUUAAUAUAAAUCAAAAUUGUUAAGUUUGUAUUUGAAAUAUUUUUAAAUCUUUCUUUUUGCGGUCAUUCUUACGAAUUUAAGAUACAAAAUAAUAUUGUUUCCAUUAGUGUUUCAACAAGAAACGUUAGAAAAGUAAAAGUUUCAUGUUAAUUUGAUCUUGUUUUGGCAUCAAAAAUGGAAAAAAAGUAGCGAAUCGUUACUUUUCAUGUAACGAUAAUGAUAACGACGAGUUUUGAAAUGACUUUCAAAAAGACGAGCUGCUUUCGAUUUUUCCAAUCCUGGCUAUGAAGAUUCCUAUCUGAAAUGAGAACGGAUAGACCAGCACGGAUCUAUGGUAAAUCGGCGACUGUCACCCGCAACGGCAACUAUGAGGUAAUACUACAAGUAGUUUUCUCCGACGUUCAACAAAUUGUGAUUUCUUCCGAACGCACCCGAGCUUUGUAUCUAGACGGUAGAGCGACAUGUGUGUACGAGAGUAUAUGCGAGAGUAUAGUCAAUGGACCAUUAUUCUCAUUCGCGCCUGUACGUGUCCUCGAAAGAGCUUUCCGGUGUUAAAACGUUUCUAAAAGGCGACGCAACGGGACGCCCGUGCAGUGCACUUUAACUAGGUAGUUAAAGUGCACUGCACAGAUAAAGUAAAUGGCAAUUAUCUACUAGAUGGGGGCGACCCGACUGCUUGACAAAUAUAGAUGAAGUAAAACUAAUGAUGACGACCUUUAUUCUCAGAGAGAAACUCUUAUCUUAACUCUUUUCUUUUUUUUUUAAUUCAAAUGCGAGGGGAAGAAGGAAAUUGACUUUGCAAUGUAUCUUUGUUCCAUGAAAAUUCUCGUCUCUUACAUUCGAAUUAAAAUAAUUGCCGCUCGCAAAUGGCUCAAAUAGCUAGACGGAAUAAAACUGAAGAAAGCUCAAAGGAACUUACAUAAUUCUCAAUUUUAAUAAUCAAAGCGUUAUCUUGGCUUCACGUUACGCGCGCCCCAAUUAGAUCACGCUUUAAUUUUCGUCCAUCUUUAUCGCGAACGUGAACUAUUAAAUAUUUUUCAAAGGACUAAGAAAUAAUACGUAAUAAUUCGCGAACAUGGUACUGCAUUUGCGAAGCGUGCAUCGUAAUUGACAAAUACCAGACUUCACGUAACAAUUAUUUUCCGAUUCAAGAAUUCGUUGAUGCCGGAAACGUUAACAAGUCCCGCAGAGACUUUAAUCCUUACGCGAAUCGUUCACCUGGGGGGCAGCGCGAAGGAGGAGGAUAAUUUAAAAGAUUAAGACGUUUUUCACACGUCUCGCCGACGCCUUUCAGAUAAUUGCCCGGGUAUUCUCAUCACGAAUGCGAAUGAUACCGCGCGGAAUCGUUUUCAUUACUCAUCCGGCGCUCUUUACCCCGGGACAAAUGGAAGUAUCUCAUCAAAGUGUUCCCAAGCAGAAAAUUCUACUCUAAAUGAAAGUGCGGUGAUUUACGGCUAUGACGAGCGAUUUCACGGAUCACGCGAGCAGAUCCCUCAUCGUUGUCCGCAAAACUGGAAGCCGGGAGCAUCAGCUCUUAUUAACGAUUAUUAAAGCGGUCUUUACGCUUCCCUCUUAAUCGCGCUUGUCGUCUUCAUAUACGACAAGCGCGACUCUAUAUUAUUGGCAAGCGAUCGAUUAAAUCGUGAGCUGAAUAAUUCCGGAGCUGGAUAAAUCUUUCAUCGUCGUUUACCGCAAUUAACUCUGCCAUCCACCGAAAACUUCAAUAUCCGUUUAUAUCCGCGACGCGUGUUGCCGCGGCUUGUAAAAGUUUAAUCCCACGUUGUUUCCCCGCUUCCUUUCCGGCGCUUGGGAAAAUAUCGCUUGACUCUAUCGGAGAUCGCUCGCCGACACGCCUUCCCGCUUCAAUCGAUACUUCGAUUGCACUUCGUAUUAUUGGGCCGCCUCUUGCAGCUGACGAUAGUCCCAGGCGCCAUGCGUUUCCGUCGAACGUAUUAUGUACGUACGUUUCCCACGGCGACGUGCAAUCCGACCUGCUCGCGUAACGCGAGCAAUCUCCGAACAAUUUAAUCAUAUCAUUAAAAGUUUUAAUUGCGCCCCAUACAACUUUUUCUUUCGUCUCGAUUGAGACAAAUGUUUGUUAUUUAGGGGAGAGCUGCCAAAAUGCGUGUCGGUCUCCUAAAGCGUACCUUUUCAAUAUUUUUACUUCAUGUAAGCGAUAUGUAGUGACAGAAAUAAAAAGUAAGAUGUAAGUAAUAUAUAGAUAAAAAUUUAACAAGUUUUAUUUUAUUUUGUGCAUAUUCUAUCAGUAUUUUGGAAAAUCAGAUAAUAGCUCAUGUAAAUUUUCGUCAACUUAUGCAGCUUCUAAUAAUGUUAUUAUGCAAUUUUAUUUCGAAUUGUUGUAUUUUCAUAAAAGAAGACUCGACGCAGAAUAUUUUACAUUCACUGUGCAUACAUAUUUAUAAUUAUUUGAAAAUUAAAUUGAUACUUUUAUAAACUCUAUCAAGUUUCCUACUAUACUAAUUCGUACUACUACAAACUUUUCUACAGAGAAAUGAUACUAACGUAAGAUUGAUAAUAGUAAAACUAGUAAGUGCUACGAAUAAAAAUAUGCCGAUUACAAAAAUUAAUUCAAGUCAGUUUUAUUGUUGUUUGUUAAUUAUUAAAUAUUUCAUCUCUUCUUCGAUAAAUUAUUAAUAAAAUAAAUAUUAGUUAAUGGUUUCCUAUAUUUUCAAGUGUUAUACUUUGAUUCGUAAAUUCGAUAUUUUCGAAGACGAUACGAUUUAAGAGACCAUAGAUACGCUGUACGCAACCGGUUUUCUAAGUCGCACCUUCCAGCAUGUUACAGAAAAAAAGCGUAUAACAAAUUAAUUUGUUAUUACUGAAAGGUUUAACGUGUAAUAAUAGAUGACUGAAACAUCGAGUUACAAUUUUGAACUUUGAUUUGCAUCCAAAACAACACUAAAUGCGAAAUAUAAUAAAAAAUGGCAACUCUCCCUUAAAAAAAAAAAUUAUAUUAAAAAAAGAUUAAAUUAAUGCAAAUUUAAAAAUGCUAUAUUUUAACGUGAUUUAAGCUUACUAGUCCUGCAAGAAAUUUUAAAUGUAGAUAGAGCUUCACGUUACUCAAACGAAGUUCUGAUAUUGAAAGACGUAAUUCUCGUCAAAAUAUUUCCGUGGUGCAAAUCGCGUUACUCAACGAGACCUCAAGAUUACACGAUAAAUUGAAUACGAUCGCAAAGUGCGCGAGUCUAUAGUAAGAAAGAUAUUUAUAGUUAUAAAACGAGAGAGCGUCGGAAGCAUCUUCGGGCACGUCUUUUUAGCUUUAUCUCAGGCGUGUUCUUGCGAGUGUCGCAAUACGUCCAAGUGACUUUCUCUAUCGCGUAGAUUGCACUCUCAUUAGAUAACUUCGAAACUUCGUCUGUGCGUCAACGUAAUUAAAAGGGGUACUUAGCUACGUAGUCCCGAGGCUACGAUUAAUUCCGUAUAACUUAAGAAUCCUGACCAAACUCUAGAAUAUACUUCUGAGAUUACACUCGGGCCUCACAAUCUGAAAAGAUAUCGAUCUUUAGAGUAUUUAUCGUUAGAACAACAGGUUUCUCUCCAAAGCGUGUUCCCCGCGAAAUGGUUGUCGAGGAGUUUCGCGAGAUAUUAGCUGUUGAAAAUCCAAAUAGCGAUCUUUCCCAAAGAUCUAUCGCAAAUUUGUCCUAUACGUGUAAAAGUGUGUGAAUAAAAUAAAUGUAUCAUAAUUUAAAAAAUUUUAAAUAUUUCGUGGCCAACAGUGUUGGGAGGCUGUUUUUUGUUAGAAUUAAAUAUUUGUUGUGACGUGGCUAAAAGAAAUGUUGUGCAGCUAUCACGUAAGGAUUUGGCGGGUGCGAAGCGACCGGUUGCCAAAAAAAUCAUUAAAAUAUAAUAAUUUUUCCUCUAAACGAGUAAUAAUUUACGCGUCUGUAAAAAUACACGUCGGCCAACGCACGAUUAUCCGCUUAGCCUUCAAGUAUAAAAAAAAAUUUUAUUAAUAACAUCUAUUUUUUUCCUCAUCUCGGUUGCGACUGAUACAUAAAUAUCAUCUCGAUAUAACCAACAUAUAAAUUCUGUUAUCUCAAACUGCCAAUUAUCCUUGCAAAAUUGCGCCAUGAUUGCAUUGCAAUCUAAAUCGAGCUAAAAGCUGACAAUUCGUUAUUUAUUUUGGAGCAAGCGCACAUAUGUUUGUAUAUUUACUUUGACAAAUGGAAAUGCAUCCACAGCCGUUGUGUAAAGCCAGAGCCGCGCCGUGAAUGACAAGUAGUCUCCGUUUCGCGUUUAAUCAAUCGCGCAGAAUGAGGAAGGCCCAAUUGCAAUUGGCGAAAUCAUUAACUCAAACGAACUGUCUUGACGACCGGUGACCUCGCACAUAAUGAAGAUGAAUGUUCCUCGCGCGUGCGAUCCACCGUCUUGUGGACUUUAGACAUACAUGUAUGUUUGUACUUUAUAAUAAUUGUCGAGAGAACUUGUCUCUCGCAUUAAUGGCCGGCGCUUAGCAUAUAGGGGCAUGUAUGUAUAUGUAAAUGUGUAUGUAUAUUUUACAAAUUUUAAUAUAGUGUGUAUUCAAAACGCGAGGCAUUAUGCACACCGAUCGUAUGUGUACUUUAUAGUUUGUACAUCUACUGAAAGUAGAAAGAGGAUGGCAUUCAGCAUUACGUCUACUGCAAAUGACCAAAUUCAUAGAUCGAUGUACUUCUUCAUUUGUAAUGAAUAAACUGUUGUAUCAUAUUCAA